GUAUUUACGUUUACAAGGUGUUUUUCCACACUGGAUCAAGCACUCAUUUCUGGAUACAACUUCCUGAAAGUUUAAUUUAUAGACUAGCUUUCUGCCCGACUUCCAUAAUGACUUUCCCUAUUUUUUUAUUUUAUAUUGUAUCCUGUGUAUACUUUAGUUAUGCUGAAGAGAAAUUCAUUGCAGCAGUCUACGAGCAUGUGCCCUUCUUUCCAAAUUCCAUACAGGCUCCUGUAUCGCAAGAGGAGGCUUUGUCUCUUAUGAACAAAAAUCUUGAUGUUUUGGAGACUGCAGUUAUAAGUGCAGCACAAAAGAAAUCACACAUCAUUGUGACUCCUGAAUAUGCUAUAUGUUGUUUUGGUUUGAGCCGAGAAGCAGUGUAUCCUUACCUUGAAGAUAUACCAGAACCUGCAGUUAACUGGACUCCAUGCAAUGAUCCACAAAGAUUUGGAAGAACACCAGUACAGAACAGACUAAGUUGCAUGGCCAAAAAGAGCCAUAUUUAUCUAGUGGCAAAUCUGGGAGACAAGAAACAAUGCAAUUCUAGUGAUUCCCGCUGUCCUGAGGAUGGGCAUUUUUUUUAUGACACCACCGUUGCAUUUGAUCCUGAGGGAAAGCUCAUAGCACGAUAUCACAAGUAUCACCUCUUUUUGGGGGAAAUGCAGUUCAAUGUCCCAGAGGAACCAGAAAUCAGUACCUUUAACACACCAUUCGGAAAGUUUGGAAUUUUUAUCUGCUAUGAUAUACUGUUUUAUAAUCCUGCUGUACCUUUAGUGAGUCAACACAAUGUAGAUACUAUUAUUUUUACUACAGCUUGGUUUAAUUUAUUGCCUCACUACAGCGCUAUUCAGUUUCAUUCAGCAUGGGCGAUGGCAAUGAGAACCAACCUUCUGUCAUCUAAUAUACACAACACCAGCUUGGGAAUGACCGGGAGUGGAGUGUUCUCACCAGAUAAACUUGGACCAUACUAUUAUAACAAAGAUCUAGAUGAAGGACAGCUGGUGAUAUCAGAACUGAGAUCCCAUCCAAGACAUAAUGCAAACUGUUCACUGGUCAGCUGGAAUUUAUUUGCAUCUAAAAUGAAUAAACCACUAUCAAAAAACAAAGUCUUCAGAGGAAAGGUUUUUCUAGAUGUAUUUAAUCUUACUGAACUGAAAGACUCCAAUGGGAAUGUUACAGUUUGUCAUAAUAAUCUUUGCUGCCACCUCAGCUACAGUAUGUUGGAGAAGAGGAAUGAUGAAGUAUAUGUGUUUGGGGCCUAUGAUGGCUUGCAUGGACCUCACCAAGUCUUUUAUGUAGAGGUGUGUACUUUACUAAAGUAUAACAGCCUUGAGUCGCUUGCUGAGGCUCCAGAAACUGCUUUCACCAAAUUUGAAUCAUUUUCUGUUGGCGGUACAUUCAACUCCUCUCAUGUGUUUCCAGAGGUUCUGCUAAGUGGUGUUAAACUGGCACCUGAACUGUUUGAGGUAUUAAACGAUGGGCGCUUAGUAAGCAAUGCAAAUAUAUCUUCACAUGCACUUCUCAGCGUCACUCUCCUGGGUAGAAAUUAUCAGAAGGAUCCAGAAGAUUUAAAUGUUUCUUUGCUGUCUUAAAAUAAUGGCUUAAAACAAUAACUGGAGGAAAGAUCAAUAUUAGCCAGUUUAAAAAAAAUAUUAAUAAAUCUAUUAUCUAUUA